AUGUGGAGAACUGUUUCAUUUGUUGACAGAAUAGAAGUAGAAUUUAAAGGAACUUUAUUCAACCAAGCAGUGGCGCUAGCUGAUGUUGAUAAUGAUCAGGCAAGAGAUUGCGCAGGGUUAUACAAUAAUAAUAAAAAUGAAUUGAUAGUUGGCAAUGUUGAUGGUGAUUUGGCUAUAUUCAAGGGCAGUAACCCAACAUCAUGUAAGAAGAGUUCAGAUCUUGGAAUGAUAACAUGUUUAGGUGUUGGAGAUGUAUGUAAUCAGAACAAGAAUGUGCUAGUAACUCUAACUGCUGAAGGAUGGUGUUAUUUAUUUGGUGUGAAAGCUGAAGGAGAGACUCCUUUAACUGACGAGGACAAAACAUUAAAACCAGCUUAUAAACAAGAUUUACCAGCCAAUGGGAAAGUUUUAUUGAUUGCUGAUGCAGAUACUGAUGGAAAGAUUGAGUUAAUAGUAGGAUAUUCAGAUCGUGUUGUCAGAUCUUUCCGAUGGCAACCUGGUUCUAACACAUCAGAUAUAGACUACUAUUCUACAGGACAUCUUGUCUCUGUACAAAAAUGGCAGUUAGCUGGCCAGACUGAAUCCAUAACAAUGAACAGAUCUUUGAAUGGUGAACCACAAUUAAUGGCUUCACAACCAGGUGGUACUCUAGUCAUAUUAUUACCGCAUAACAAGGGCAAUAACCACCAACCACUGAAAUCCAAGAGCAGUAACUCUAAUGUAGAUUCUACAAAGGAUGGUAAAUCUGUUAGAUUAAGUCGUGCUAAGAAUCGUGAUAUGUCAACAGUAAUGGUAGGAAAUAUAACACCAGGUGUAUCUUCUGACGAUGCUGUCAAUGACUCAUGCCAAACGUAUUACGCUGUGGCAACACUGGAUGGUAAUUUAGUAUUAGCUGAAAAUGAUAAAAUUUUAUGGUCUUUACAAGUGGAUCAUCAACUUUUUUCACUAUGUAAAUUAGAUGUUACAGGAAAUGGGCAAGAGGAAGUGGUGUGCUGUUCAUGGGACGGCCAGACCUAUAUAGUUAACCAAAGUAGAGAAGUGGUUCGAUAUUUAUUUCAAGAACAUGUUGCAGCCUUUUCAGCAGGGUUUUAUAGUUUAGGCGAUGGUGGCAAUCGACCAUGUUUUGUGUAUGCUACUUUUGAUAACACUUUAUAUAUUUACCAUAAUAUCAAUUUACCGAGAGUAGAAUCAACCAAUUUAAUUCAAGUCAUGGAUCAGAUUCCUGAAGCUCGGCAGCUACUUCAAAAAUUAAACAUAAAUCGUAAGUAA